AUGACCAACGAAGCGAGCGGAGAAGACGAUUCAUGGAAGAUUCAUUUCUCUUUUACGAGAUCCACUACGAGUACUCUGCAACGAAAUAAUGAAAAUCUUUCGAAUAUUUACCUCUGGGAGAGUACCUCAUUAGAGGAAAGCCAGCCAACUUUUUACAUUUUCAUUUUGAAACAAAUAUUCCUCAGGAAAGACAUCGAAACUUUACGACGCAUUGUGCUAGACCCGGAAGAAAUUAAUAGGAUAGUAAAACAGAUGGAAACAGCUCCAGAGAGUCUUCAUGAAUAUGAGCAGUUCGAAGAAGUCCAAUUACUAACAGAUAUAAGACAAAUAUCAGAUGUGAAAUGUAAUAUCAUCGACGGAAAAUGUUUUACUGUGGAGCUUCCAAUAACAGACCUAAUUGACCCAGAUCACAAUUUGAGGCGCCUGUUAAGAGAUUUGCAGACUUACUCCAAAACUUUAAAUAAAAAUAUCAUCAGGCAGAUUGAAAUUAAAGAGAAGCAAUCGACGCCAGCAACGAAAAGGAAAUCAAGGAAACGUUCAAACAGGAAAAUUGUGAAAAUGAGACCAAUAACUACUUAUUUUCCAAAAGAACCCAAGAGAACCAAGGAAACGCAAAAGAAUCGAAAAGAUCAAAUAGUAAGUGGAAAGUGCUCUUCGCAUAGAGUGGAAAUUAUUCAGAUAGAUGACGACUCAGACUCGUCACACCAGCAAACGGAAAAUGAGCCUCGUGAAAAUCACGUUGACAAGGAAGAAAAAUAUUCGAUAAUCCACGAUUUGUUCUCUCUAGAUGCCGACUUCUACGAAGAAGAUAGAAACUGUGGUGUUGAGAAAAGAGGGACACCUUGGAUGACAGCAGAAGUGGCGGAUGCAGAUAAUACGGACGUUAGCGUGACACAAGGCUUUCACCCAAAAAGGGUCACGCGAUCAUCUGUAUCCAAUACAGAAGUUUACGUGACACUGGGUUAUCAUGCGAAACGGAUUACGCAAUCAUCUAUAUCCAAGAAAAAGAAACCGAAAAAGAACUCCACACUUAAAAGACUGAAUCGUAGCAAGAGCUUUGAAAAUGGGUCUCUUGCUAACACUGUUGCAACAGAUGAAGUCACAGGCAUUGAGGAAAAUCCAAAUAAACACUAUGUUGAAUUGGAUGCAGCUAUCAGAAAAGAAAUAACAGAUUGGUGUGGUGGGGAAACAUUCUUGAGAGAGGAAAGUUUGCUAAGAUCUGGAAUGGUCACAGAAAGGGAUAAUGGAAUGAAGAACAAAGCUGUUCACAAAAAGGGAGAAAGGAACAAUCAUGUUACUAAUAGUAAUAAUGAUGAUGACGACGAUGAUUUUGCAAAUUGGUGUAAUAAAAAGUCAAGUGAAUUGAGACAUAAACGUGUCCUCAUUCAUGAACGUGAUGAAGAAUCUGGUUGUGAGGAGAAUAAUAAUUCAUUUGAUUGUAUCAAAAAAUCAACUAAAUUUAGAAAUAAAUGUAUCCUCCUCUCUGAUGGCGAGGAAUCAGAUAGUGGAAAAAAUCAUCGUACACAUAAUAACAAGAAACAUUCAAGUAAGGUUACAUAUAAACGUGUCAGAACUUAUGAUAGUGAUGAGGUGUCUGAUGGUGACAUAUAG